AUGCCUUCCCUAAGCCAGCUUCUCUCCGCUACCCUCACCGCAGCGGCCUUUACAGCUGUGGAUGCAGCUAUGGGUCCUGCCUUUAGCACUGGUCCCGUUGCUUCCAACUCGUUCAUCCGCGAGGCAUCCUCCACACUCGUGCUGCCUCAGACUGUCAAAGGAAACAACGGAGACCUUUCUCUUUGGGUCGGCAUGGGCACCUCCAACGGUGACUUGAUCCAAUCCAUCGCCGACAAGUAUCAAUCGAGCGACUGGAAUGUCUUUGCCUACACGCUCCUGAAAACCGGAGAUAACUCGCAGAGGCCUGUACAGGGGAAGAGUGCCGUCGCUAAAGCCGGCGACCACGUCACGAUGCACUACGAGUACAAUGAUGCUACUCGCAAGUACACGCAGACGGUCCUCCUCAACGGAAAGACCGUUUCGACACUGACUACCAGUGACGGACAUGCCCAGGGCUGGGGUAGUGCCGUGGAGUGCGCCGCAACCGACUGCGGCACUGUCGGUGCUCACUCGUGGAUUGACACCAAGAUUAUUCUGGAUGUCGCGGAUCCGAACUACAAAGACACCUUGGGCAAGGGCCAGGGCGUCACUGGCGACAUGACGACUGCCGAUGGCGGCAAGACCUGGACUGUUAGCACGAUCCACGUUCCGCAGUUUACAUUCUGA